AGUCAAAAGGCACCGAUAGGUACUUACCUUAAAAAGGUAACUUGGAAUAGCGAGUGCCUCGGGUGUAGGUAGUAUUGAAGACGUUAACUGGUUAUAAUUUAAAGGGGGGGGGGGGGGGGGAAUUAACGUCACGAUGUAUCUCAUUGGAUUAAAGAAGUCGUAAUUGAGGUGGGGGUGGAGGUGUUCCUACUUCUGCUCCUUGCGCCGGUUUAACCGAGGCGCUGUUGAAUUUGCGCAGCAACCCGACUGGUUGUCCUCCGUUGAUUUUAGUCCGAGAAGAGAUGAACUGUACCAAGGUCCUGCAAGUGUUUGGUGGUCAUCCCAUCUCCUCACCCGUGAUGCCAGUGGAUUUGGCCAUGCGGCUCUGCCUGAGCCAGUCCCCUCCCUUUUGCCGUUUCUUCAGCUCUUAUGAAGAGCUGCGAGGCAUGGGGGUCCCCUCAUUGAAACCUCUGCGACCCUGCCUGAACCCCAAAGUGAACCAGCAGCCACCAGAGUCGAUAUCAUGGGAGGACCAUCAGAAAGCACCUGAAAAUGAGAACUCUAAGAAGAAGAAGGUGGUCUUUGCAGACUCCAAGGGGUUGUCUCUGACAGCUGUACGCUUCUACUCGAAGGAGGAGGACCGGUUUGACUUGCCACUGUCUCCAUCAGACUUUUGGCUAGAUGACCACAAGCAGGACCUCGCAGAGAAGCCACCAAAGACCCUUAUUCUUGGAUUUUCUCCUCCCUCUGCUGAUUAUGUGGCCUUCCGUAGCCGGUUGCACCAGAAUUAUGUUGGCUUAGAGAGCUGCUCAAUUCAUGAGCGCUCCAUCAAUGGCACAGUGAAAGUACUCAACAUGUGCUUUGAGAAGGCCGUCUUCAUUCGCAUCACCUUUGACUCUUGGGGCAGCUUCCAUGACAUCCCUUGUGUUUACAUGCACCAAGGCUACGGUGGGGCUGACACCGACACCUUCACUUUUGAUAUUGCUUUGCCAGAUCUGAACCCCAAAGAACGCAUUGAGUUCUGUAUUGCCUUCUCCACAGGCCAGCAAAUCUUUUGGGACAAUAACGGUGGGCAGAAUUUCAAGGUGAUGUGGGCAGGCUCUGUUCUAGAGGCUAACUGCACUCGGAAUGUCCGGAAAGUGAAUCCUGUAGGUCAGGCUCUAGGAAAAGCAGGAAACAAGUUGAAGAAGCUGGAGCCCCUGGUUGGGUCCCGGGCUGCCUCAGAGUUCCUAUUACGCCAGCUCCAGCAGUGGAGCAAGAUUGGGAACGUCUCCCCCUACUGGUAAAAGGUGUAUAAGCUUCUCCUUAAACUGCCUUCUGAGCUGCUGCUGCCUUAACUGACUCAUUUCAGUCCUCUGACCUCUGGUGUUGAUGGACUUGCACUGGACUGUAGAUGUGAUUUGAAUUUUAAAUGCAAAAAAAAUUAAGCUGGAGAAAAAAUAGCAGAAGAUGAGCUUUUUUUUCCCCUCAGUUUCACAUGGACUAGAAAAAUUUUGACAUGAUCCAGUUUUCUCAAGGGUUCAAGUCAUAGAAUGUAUAUUUUUUAACAUUUAGCCCACAAUUGACUGCUGCUCUACCUUAAAUCACAUAGAAAUAAUAUUUUUUUAAGAAAAUACAGUAUUUAUAGUUUUUUAUGAAUAAAUAGUAUCAAAAUAAAAUCUGAGCAUCUGAAGUGUCAGGUGAUUUUUAUUUAUUUUUUUUUGCCUGCAUAUUCUUAGCUGGUGGGGCCCUCACAAGGAGUUGGGGCAGCAGGGAUCAAUCCUGAUCAGAAAUCUGUAUGCCCACCAUCUCCACAAGGUGGUCAUCUACUGCACAAAUAUAAAGAUCUGAUAUCCACCUAUGCAAAUAAAAGCCAUGACAAGCCUGUGUGAAAAGGAUGUGUGACAUGCAGGCCAUCUCUCUGUAGAGGAGAUCCUGAUUUGUGGAUUCUGAGAAGCAGAUGUGACUAGGGAGGACACUUCAUUUCUAUUGGCAGAUUGAAAGUGUAGAGAAGGCACCCCAUGUAAAAUGCAACUCUUGAGAGAGAGCCUGCAGAUAGCCAUGACCAGUUUUGGAUAUCUGAAGUACGUCUGGUAUUAAAUGUGCAUUGGGGAUGCCUACGUUGUGUAAAUCUGUAAGGUGUCGUUUUUGGGGGAGGUUGGCAAUCACUUGGAUGUAUUUUAAGGCCUGAAGUUCAGGUAUGCUGACAAAGAUUAGAAUUUAAAAGUCCUUAUGGCUCCUUAUGGAGCUUUAAUUCAUGCUUUUAACUGGGGAGAUCUAUGGUGGUGAUGCUAAGCUGUCCUAAAUGGAUUGCUUUUCCUCAUUUAGACUGUUUAUCCUGCCCUCCCAUUUUGCUUUGAGAUGUAACACUGAAUUAGAGUGUUGGUGUAUUUUGUAUGCAUUUCAUCAAAAUUUGAUAAUGCUUUGGUUAAAGAGACCAAGUGGAAUUGAUUUACUGUGAUAAAAAACAAACCGGCAACAAGAAUGUAUGUAGUGAAUUAUUUUUUAAAAAAGCUGUAGUGAGUGCUUACCACAUGUCUGUGCUGCUGAGCUGUUCACCACAGGGCACUGCUGAGAUUAUAAUACCAGCCAUUGUUGUUUGGGUUAAGGUGCAAUAUGAAGCUUCGUGGCUGCUGCUGCUUUGUUUUGUCCUUGUGCUUGUGUACCUGACAUCUAGAGUAAUCUAAAUAAAAUGCAAUCUAACAAA